AUGGAAACCAAACCAAACCCAGCACCUCUUAUUACCACCGGAACCACCACCGAGGCGGCCGCAACCGCAAGCAGCAGCGACGCCGGGAGCACCGUCAACAGCGGCAGCGGCGGUCGGAAGGGGAAGGGCGGGCCGGAGAACGCCAAGUUCAGGUACCGCGGCGUGCGGCAGCGGAGCUGGGGCAAGUGGGUGGCGGAGAUCCGGGAGCCCCGCAAGCGCUCGCGCAAGUGGCUCGGCACCUUCGCCACCGCCGAGGACGCCGCGCGCGCCUACGACCGCGCCGCGCUGCUCCUCUACGGCCCGCGCGCCCACCUCAACCUCACCGCGCCGCCGCCCAUGCCCCCAGGGUCCGACCACUCCCGCCCCUCGGGUUCUUCCUCCGCUUCUUCCUCGAGCUCCUCCUCCGCGCCCACGCCGCUCCGGCCGCUCCUGCCGCGCCCGCCGCAGCACUCCGGUGCCCCGAUGGCCUUCCACCACCACCACCACCGCCAGUACUACCUGCCGCUGCGCCCGUUGCCCACAUCGUCACCGCCUCUGUACUACGCAAGCACUGCCACGGCGUCCACCGUGACCACCACGGUAGCGCCACCAUAUGAGAUGAUCACCACUGCCCCGCCGGCAGUGGCUGCUCCUUCUGCGGUGCCCGCGCAGGAUAGUGCGCCUGCGGAGGUGUCCGAGGCUGCGGCGGCUGAAUGGGAGUACCUCGCCGCCGAGGGGGAGGAGGACUACGAGGCGGCGCUGCUGUGGAACGAACCUGAGCCCUUGUUCGAUAUCUUCUUGAAGUGA